AUGAACGUGGAUAACUUGGAAAAUCUGCAAGAGAUUAUGCAAAACACCGGUACAGCUACCAAUCAAAUUAACUCUGGAUUCCAUCCAUCUCCUGAUCUUCAAUUUAUGGGCCUGUUUCCACUCAUUAACGGUGAUAAUGAUAUGAUUUCUCAGAGGAUGUUGAAGAAGACUCUUGCUGCUAUGAGCUUGAUUGUUAAAAUACAUGCCGAAACACAAACUGAAAAAGUAUUUAAGCUACCUCGCUUGGAUAGCAUCCUGAAUUACCAGACUAGGAAAGGAAACACGAUCCACGCGCUUCUCUCUUUACAUAAGGAAAUCCAAGUACCCAAUAACACUGAACAUGUAUAUCUUGACCUCCCAUCGCCCCAGCUGAAAUUCAUCAUGUCCAAUUUAAAGAAGUAUAAUCUAAUAUCUUUUUUACCUGAUCGUACGCCCGGACAAGCUGGUUCUUUGCAACAAGGUGAAAAUUGGAUAGCACGCCCGUUAUUCCAACAGCCAAUUUUCAAUGUGAAUGGUGUCGAUAUUUGGUCUGGUGAUAUUAUUUAUUUAAUGGUUGAUAAUCCCUCACUCCGAUUUUUGGUUGAAUCAUUCCAUGCAUCAAAAAACUGUGCUUAUCCAGAAGGUUAUAUGAUUAGAAUGCUUUCGGAUGAGUUUCAUGGCCUAGAGAGUCCUUCUACUGCUAUUGAUAUGGAGCGUAUUGGCUGUGUGUACAACGAUUGCCUUGAAGAAGCAUGUUACUUGAGCAUAUUACUGCAGUCUACCACAAGAUUAUGUCCUACUCAUCACACUCUCCUUUUUAUGCAACACCCUAUAAAAAAAAACAUGCUCCCAAUGCACCGGCCAAUGCCUUUUACAAAGUCACGAUAA